GGGAAUUCUCAAAAAGGAAAUAAAAAAAAAGAGUGGGGAAACAGGGGAUUACCGCUGUGGCGGCCGCCGGCGAUCCCGCGCCUCCCCUCACGGCCGGUGUCUCUCCCGACUCUCGAGCGCCCUGCGAAAUAGGGUUCCCCAUCGACACAUGUACAGCUCCGGCUCCCCCGACCAUGCCGCGCCCUCCUUCUCCAGGUCCCGCAGCCACCAUGAGUUGCUCGCCUCAACCCAGGUGGAUGACCACUCCGAACUAUCCCGCCGUCUGCUCUUGAGGCUGCCGUCGGACAUUUCUCCUACCAUUGCGCAGCGUCGGCGUUCAGUGCGCCGCCCCGUGAGCCCACCCUGACGCCAUGCUUCUCCCUCCUGACUCCUGAGGAAGCUGGGCAGCCAAGUUCCGGUGCCUCCCCCAACUCCUCUCCGCUGCUGAGGUCCAAAUACUCUACCUCUGCAACAAGCUGUCCUAUGCGGAUACCUGGAAAAAGUCUGCAUUAGUUAUAUGCCAAGAUUCCAGUUACCAUGGUUUCUUCUGUUGAGGUGGGGCAGCUGAGGAACAUAUAUCAAAUAAGGCACAAAAUGCUGAACUGAAGUUGUUUUUCGAAGUGGAAUUUGGACUGGAUCUGCAGCCUCUCCCUCCUGAGAAGAGCAAGGAAGAUAAUCAUUCUGUCCAUCAAACUCUCCAGGCCCAAAGAAGAAGUGUUUAUGUUCAUCCAGUUUCUCAGCUCCCAGGAAGUGGCUUCUUCAUCCACCACCAUGGCUGCCAUAUGGGCUCUGGUCAUUAUCCACCUCCUUCUACUGCUCCCACUCCUGCGGUCCUCCAUUGUGUUCGAGCUCCACGGCGACGUCUAUCCUACUGGCCUCUUCUAUGUUACCAUGAACAUUGGGGAACCCGCAAAGCCCUACAACCUCGACGUCAACACGGGCAGCCCCCUCACGCGGCUGGAGUGUGACACCCCCCUCCAGAGCACUCACAAGGGGCCACACGAGGCGUACAGACCAACACCGACCAACGUGGUGCCAUGUGACGAUGAGCGAUGCGUGGCGGUGCACAAGGACCUCGGCCUCGCGCACGACUGCACUCAGAACCCAGACCAAUGCGACUAUGUGUUAGGUUACAAGGACGGCGAGUCGUCCUUGGGCGUGCUCUUGACCGACCAGUUCUCCCUCCCCACCAACAAUGAGAACCGCCCCAACCUUGCCUUCGGCUGUGGGUACGACCAGGAAGGUGGGAAAGAGGCAGGCAAGAGGCCGGUGGAGGCAGACGGCGUCCUCGGGAUCGGCAAGGGGACGGGUGACCUUGUCUCCCAGCUAAAGCAACAAGGCAUAAUCGUUGACAAUAUCUUUGGCCAUUGCCUCGGCGUCCAUGGAGGGGGUUUCCUCUUCUUUGGGGGCGACAGGGUGCCCUCUGCCGGCGUAACCUGGGUUCCAAUGGCUCAGAAUGUCGGGAGCCACUACUCACCUGGCGCAGCAACACUGAACCUCAAUGUACAACUGGAAUACCCGGUAAGCAUGGAGCCAAUGACCACCAUGUUUGACAGCGGGAGCACCUACACCUAUGUUCAUAAGGACACAUAUGGUCGCCUUAUUGCAGCGGUGGGAGUCACUCUCGAGGGUUCAUCACUUACCAAGGUGGACGAUGAUGCGCUGCCUGAAUGCUGGGAAGAAACCGAGCCAAUUCAAUCUGUUGACGACGUCAAGAAUAAAUUCAAGCCACUUGAACUCACUUUCGGCCAUGGGGCUAACCAGGCCACCAUGGAGAUCCCUCCUGAAAACUAUAUUGUUGUCACGAAAACCGGGAAAGUGUGUCUGGGCAUCCUCAAUGGAUCACAGAUUGGUCUGGAUCGACUGAACCUAAUUGGAGGUAAUAUAAUGCAGAAUUAUAUCAUGAUGUACGAUAACGAGAGAGCACGAAUCGGAUGGGCCCGUGCGUCGUGUGAUGAAAUGCCAGGUCCCGAACCUCUCAUCGGGUCACGUCUCUGAAAUCUCAAUGAAGCUUCUGCUGACAUGCUGUGGGUUAGCUGGAAGAUAGAUGGAGGUGUCAUCGCUUUAGAAGCGGGGCUCAUACCUUAACAAGAAUGAAGGACUUCCAUGAGAAAUUGAGAUGAUAUUUUUUGGUAAACUAUUCUUUCCCACCGGCUGAUUGCAGCGUUCUGUUCGGCCGCACGAUGCGCCUUCCAAUCGUCGCUUGCAAUAUUCCGGUAAUAGAGAGCGUCCGCAUGCAGCCUGCCUUGCGUUAUCUAAUUUCCUAACUGAAACAUCACAGCUACAUCUAUAGACAAGGACGGGUAGAACCCUUGCAAUGUCUAAAGAAUGUAUUUCCCGAAAAAAAAUAUCUAAAGAAUGUAUUUUUCUUCUUCUAUGAACCAGAAACAUGCAAUCUUUACAGAGUGUGCUUCUGUGGUCGUCGUCGGUCAUGCGCGGUGCC